AUGCCUAUCCAAAAUCUUCCUUCCAAAUCCAUAAAAGACAAGAAAGAAGAAUCAACAACUGAAAAGGAUGGUGUUGUUAAAGGAGAAGGUCAUCAUUUAAUGAUUCGUGCCGGUCUUAUAAGGCAGGCUUCUGACUUUUGUCUAGCUCCAACGCAUGAAGAAGAAAUUACACAGCUGGUUGCAAAUGACGUUUUUUCUUACAGACAACUUCCGUUACGAUUAUAUCAAACGGGCAAAAAAUUUCGUGACGAGAUGCGACCACGUGCGGGUUUACUUCGUGGACGGGAAUUUAUUAUGAAAGAUUUAUAUACAUUUGACGUUACUGAAGAGGCUGCCUUAAAAACCUAUGAGGAAGUUAAUGAAGCAUAUAAAAAGAUAUUUACUCGGAUUGGAUUACCGUUUGCUGUCGCCGAAGCUGAUACUGGCAUUAUCGGUGGAACAAAAUCACAUGAAUUUCAUUUUUUGUCACCUGAAGAUUCGAUUUUAUCAUGCAUUCGAUGUGGAUACACAUCUAAUGAAGAAUGUAUUCGUGACAUCAAUAAUGGAUGUCCUGUUUGUUAUAGAAACUCUAUUACAUCACACGAUUCUGGUAAUUUUCAUCCACUUACAAGCAAUCGUGCAAUAGAAGUUGGUCAUACAUUUCUUUUAGGAACAAAGUAUUCGGAUCCAUUAAAAGCUACAUUUGCACCUGAAAAUCCACGCCAUAAUGGUGAAUUACUAUCAAUCCAAAUGGGAUGUUAUGGUAUAGGCAUUUCACGAAUAAUUGCUGCAGUUGUCGAAUCAUCACAUGACUCAAAAGGAAUAAUAUGGCCACCGUCAAUCGCGCCAUACCGUGUGUGUAUCAUUCCAAGUGGUGAUGAUCCAGAGAUUACUGAAAAAACUCGGUCUUUAUAUGAUUUUCUAACUUCUGAAUGUGAUGGGUUGAAUGGUGAAAUUUUGAUCGAUGAUCGUAUGAAUUUAACAUUUGGAUACCGCAUGAAAGAUGCUGAACUUCUUGGGUAUCCUUGGUUAAUGAUUAUAGGGAAAAAAUUCUUGGAAAGUGGAAAGAUUGAAAUACAUGAAAGACAUAAUAAUCAACGAAGAUAUUUAGAAUUCGAUGAAAUAAAAAAUUCUUAUUGUUGGUCGUAA